CUAUCAGGAUACCAUGUUGCUUGCAGGGAUCACCUGCCUUGUAACGCAUACCGUGGCCAGCUAACUUGAAUUGGGUCAUUGUUGCGUUGGCAACAAUUGGCAUGUUUGCAUCAUCUGGCACAUACGGCAUUUGCUACCUGUACAGUGGUGAACUGUAUCCCACAGUCGUUCGCAACAUUGGACUUGGAAGUAACUCUACAUGGGCACGUGUGUCAGCAAUUCUAGCUCCAUACGUUGCUUUAUUGGGUAUGUAUAGACGUGAGUAUCCCCUACUCAUCUUUGGAGUGCUGGCCAUCUCAGCAGGUAUAGCAGCCCUCUUUCUGCCAGAAACAAAAGACCAAGAGCUACCAGAGACAUUAGAAGAUGGCGAAAAUUUUGGAAAGAAACAAAGGUUUUGGACUCUGCUACCACAGAAGCCGCCAAUUGACAAUAACAAGUGCAGUAGAGCAGAGCAUAUAAAUCAACAAUAAUGUUGAUUUAUAUGCUCUGAGUAGAGCAAUAUAGCGCCUAUCUAACCGCUACUGCUCUACUGUUUGUGUUGCUGCAUCGAGAUUCUGCACCGUCAUCAUCCAUUGUGUUUUAUAACUCAUGUAUUGUAAAUUUAUUGGCUAGUAUUUGUAUUACUGAUACCAAAAAAGUGGCAUGAUUUAUAUGACUUAUAUAGCUUAGAAAAUCAAUGCGCAGUGCGAUAUCCUAUCAGUCUACUACUGAAUUUCUCUCACCUCCGCCUGACCGUUACUAUCGAUGUUAUGUAUAUUGUAAAGCAGCGAAAAUAGGUUAACUACAAGAGCAGUGAUAUAUUUUACAAUACCUACUACAACCACUAUGAGGAAGAGGCAUCAUAUCGGUUAUGAGUGUUGGACCAACGAGCCCUAGUGAUCAUCAGCUAUAAAAAUUAUUCUAAUGUCAAGCCAUAACUUUCUAGGGACCUUGGAGAGGAUUACCUCAUACGGUAGAUCUCUAGAUGGUAUUUAGCUAGCAGUUAUCUGGAACGCGGUAUACACAGCGCAUUUACAAUAGGUUUAAUCAGGACCGUUUAUCAAUAGACGCGUUCGGUGUUAUUGUGGCCAGUGCUGUGUAAAUGGUGAUAUCCUCUGUGGUGUAUUAUGAACAAAUUUCACUUGUCAUCGCCCUUGCUGUGUGACAACAACGUAAGACUACAUCUCACUAUCCUGCGACGAAUCACAUAUGUCUUCUAACGACCAAAACUCCUAAGCUUUCUCAACUUCUGAUAUUAAUUCAUUAUUAUCGAAAAUAUACGUGCUUUAUAACACUGUGAAAGUUACAAAAUAGCAUGAGUUGUUUAUUUUCCGUUAUAUUAAAAUUGAUCUUACAGGGCCGUAGCUAGCCCGGGGAGAGGGGGCACAGGGACAGUUGCUCCCCUCCCCCCCCCCAGAAAAAAAGUAGAUACAAUACAUGGUCAAAGGCGGUCACCUUCCUUGAACACACCAUGUACAUGGCUUUGCCCCCUCCCCAGAAAAAUGGGUUAGCUACGCUUUUGCCUUAUGUAUAGACAUUUCAUUUUGUCACCUGUAAUAAUACUGUUUAAAACUAAUAACAAAUCAAUGUGGUUUGGUGGUUGCGUUUAAGUUUGCAUCUUUCAGGUCGCGAAAACGUACAUAUGUACGUAUUACGUGUUACCGAGGCAACAUCACCCCAUACGCCACUAGAGUAUCGCAUAGCAUAGCAUAAUAUUGGUAAGGGGGUUGAUGUCUGUGAUAACACAAUAGCAUACUUAUAAUUAUGAAGGCGGUUCAGCGGAUACCUAAAAAUAAGGAAAGUGAUGGGUGAAGCUGUUGUGGAUUUUUUAUCAGUGUAAUAAUCAUUAAAUUGACAUGCCAAUCUUUCGCAUAAAUGCUAAAUUGUUGGUUUAUUUUUGGUUUAACA